AUUUACUGAAUAUAAUUAGUACAUAUAGCUAGCAAUUAAGCCGUAACGUCACGUUUCACACGCUCAACGACUCAAAGUUUACUUCAAAACGGAACUGAGUUGCUCCAAAUUCCUGCUCGCUCUGUUCUCUCGCCACAGUAUUCUGACAUUUGAAGAAGGCGAAUGUAAACACAGAUUAUUGACAAAAGCGACUUGAUUUUCGGUUGAUCAAUGAUGAUGUCCUUUCCGAAGCUCAACGUGGGUAAAGUCACAUACAACAGCAUUGAGCUAUCGUGGGAUGAAGACAACAACAAUGACAACAAAAAAAUAAAAUAUCAUAUACAGCUAAGCAAAGCGAGAUCUCGAAGUCCGUCUCCAGGMGCACCGGCUUUAGAUCCGCUCACAAACUACCAAGGCACAGGGCAACAUCAUGUCUUCAAGGGACUCGAGCCACUCACUGAAUAUCUCUGCCGCGCUCGUAUCGUGGAGGAAGGACUAGGCGGGCACCCACAAUGGGGUCAACCAAGCCAUGUAACUACAGCUAAAGAGCCACCAUCGGGAGCAGAGCUUCAUAAAGCCGUAGCGAAUCAAGAUUUGGAACAUGUUAGGAAAGUUUUACAAGAGAACAGUGCUGUUGUUGAAGUCAUAGAUAAACACGGUUUAACACCGCUGAUGGUUGCGGCAAAGAAAGGCUUUCUAGAUGUAAUGGAAACUCUGAUUGAGCUCGGMGCAGACCCAGACUACAUGAACCCYGGUGGUAAAACCUGUCUAAUGAUCGCUUGUUACUCUGGUCAAGAGGAUGCUGCUAAAUUAUUACGAGAGAAAGAAGUACCAUGGACUACGCGUGACAAGAAUGGGUUAACCGCUGUCCACUGGGCUGCAGAAGGWGGUCAUGAUGACAUAUUGUUGUGGAUGUUACGUGAAGGAGCCGAGGUUGAUAUCGAGGAUAGUGUUAAUGGCUGGACGCCUUUGAUGAGAGUUGCUUGUCUUAGUGGUAAUUACGACGUGGCCGAGGUGUUAAUUGCAAAAGGUGCUGAUGUCAACAAAAUUGACAAAUCCGGCAAAUCAGUGCUAAUGGCAGCCUCGAUGAACGGACAUUUCGACAUGGUUAGGCUCCUCGUCGAGAAAGGAGCAGAUGUCAUGCGCAAAAACAGAGAAGGCAAGACAGCAUUGGAAUUCGCUCAGUCAUUUGAGAGGCAUCGUAUUAUAAAGUUCCUGGAAUUCCAGUAUCAAAAAGAAGAAAAACAAAGAAAAGCGAAAUUACUAGAGGAAAAACAACGUGAAAUUAGAGAGCAGACAAGAAAACUACAGCUAGGAAACGCCUAGGGAAAUAUUGACAAAUUGAACGCUUUUUGUAGAGAUUAUGAUAAAUUAAGGACACAAGCGGAUUAUGUACGCGAUGAAAAUUUGUUGUAUGCUUAGUGUUUUGUAUCGUUACGAAAUACACACAUUCCUACAAUGACACAACGUCACACAACACAAACUUUAUCUCUCAAAAUGCAACUUCACGGAGAAUCUCUUUUUAAAACUCGACGUGAAUCUACAUCUCAGCAGUUAAUGGAGAAUCACUUGUCAAUGCUCGCCUUCUCUAAAUCACUUCACAUCAUACAAUCMAAAUCCGUUCAUCAUCCCUCUAACUAAAAGGAACUKUGACGUCACCAGCAGUUACUAUAUACCRCAUGCCUGGUAAUCGCUAUGCGUGACAGUAUUUGUCACGACACUAGGAAGACGKAUGCACAUGACCUAAUAAAGAGGUAAAAAAUAAAACUAUCCAUGAUAUUUAAUUGUCAUGUGAUCUACUGCGACUGCGCAUUAAAGCUGACUUAAACAUUCUGUGGUAUGCUUUAAGAUAUGGAUAAGUACAGUUCAAUUAGCAAUUUAGGAUAACUCAAUUAAAAAAAUUUUGACAGUAAAAUAUUGGUCGUAAAUACUGGUCGUAAACUAGUCGGAAAGCAGUCGUAAACUACCAAUAAGAAAGUAUUGAUUAGAAUCAUAAAACAAUCACUUUGCGUUGCAAAUGGAAAGRACUCUAUCAUACUAAGAAUAAAAUUCAUUUUUUUCCUUC